AGAACUUGGUAUUUUGGAACUUGACCCCCCCUCUCUCUCUCUCUCUCUCUCUCUCUCUCUCUCUCUCUCUCUCUCUCUCUCUCUCUCUCUCUCUCUCUCUCUCCCAGACCACGUGAUAAGAGUGUGCAACUCUAAUGUCCUGUUUCGGUUACUAGGGAGGAGAGACGGUCCAUGGCAACGAUUCACUCAAACUCCAACCGAGCACGAGAGAGAAACGCGAGACGAGGUUUGAUCGCACAACGGUGGAAAAAACGAGAUACGAGUCAAGAAACCGAACCGAACACUGCUGGAAACUUUAAACAGAUGUAUCUGAGGCUUUUCCCCGCCUGAUUGAGGACUGCGCGUUUCAUGCAAGCCGGAGUUAUGACAGUUUGACAUCAUCGGUUCGGUUCACAUUGCCGCCGGCCAGGUCACUGCGAGAGAGUAUGCGACCGGGAUUCACAGACCGCGCGGGCGGGACAAGCGCUUCGUGUGUCCGCAGAAAGACGCCCAACACCAGCGUUCACACAUUGGGACCACAGGCUGUUUCUGAAACGCUCCGGGAAAGUUUGUGACUGUGAUACGAGUCCCCAAAGGCUUUACAAAAAUAAUAUACUUAAAUUAUUAACUAUUAAGAGGGAAGCAAAUUAUAUUGGAAGCUAUUCAGACAACCAUUUUUUUUACUUCUAGUCUAGAUUACUAAGAAUUAAGAUUUAUUCCUGUAAUAAUUCUAACUAUUUCUACAAAUACUAUUACUUAUAUUACUAUUAUUAUUACAACCUGUUCCAAAGCUUGUAAUUUUUAAAAGAUAUUCUGAACCAUUUCAGUUGAAUUAAGCUAAAGUCUCACAAUGCCUCUUUGCUGGCAUCACCACCAUAUUUGCUGACAUUGGACCUUGUAUUGGAACUGAAAAGAAGCUGUCUCGUAGUCAGAGCACCAUGUGUUGCUAUACUGGCUCUGUUACAGCCGGGUCAAUCUUACAGAGUGAAACUGACACGGGGAGAGAAGGCCAACCCCACAGAACGCCUUACCGUCUGACCCCGUCCUGAAACACACACUCUUGGUGCAAGCGGCGGGCUAGGCGGUGGAGGGUAUGGGCAACUCGUCUCGAAAAGAGGGAGAAGAAGAAGGCGGCGAGGAAAAGGAAAACGAAAAGGGAGAUGAGGAGGAAGUAGCCGAGACAGAGGAGGAAGAAGAGGUGGUCGUUGAGGAUGAAGAGCUGCCGCUCGGAGUUGACGAACUCUUGGCAAGUGGAGACCCGGUGUUGGACUUGAGUUACUACAAGUUCCGCCGGCUUCCUCGUCAAGUCCUGGAUCUGCAUCAUCUGGAGAAGCUCUACCUAUGUGGAAACCGCCUUCGGGACGUCCCCAAACGUAUCGUGCAGCUGCAGGGAUUGCGUACCCUGGCACUCGAUUUCAACAAGCUUUGUGACCUCCCGUUGUCGGUGUGCAAGCUGACCAAUAUCACCUGUCUCUACCUGGGCAGCAACCGGUUGAUGGGUUUGCCUCCAGAAAUUAGUAACCUUCAUAGCUUACGCUGCCUUUGGGUUGAGAGCAACUACUUCCAUCGAUUCCCCAAGCAGUUAUAUGACCUUCCCCGUCUACGCUCAUUGCAAAUUGGGGACAACCGUCUACGCACCCUGCCUUCGGACUUAUGGCGCAUGGAGUCCCUGCGAGGACUCUGGCUCUACGGAAACCGCUUCCAGGAGUUUCCACGUGUUCUCCUCAAGAUGGAGCAACUUGAGAUCCUGGAUUUGGACCGUAAUCGGAUAUCAGAUUUCCCCAACUUGCAUCAUCUUCCGGCGCUGCAGCUCUUCUCCUACGACCACAACCCUGUCAAGGAGCCGCCACGUGUUGGGAAGGAGGUGUUUCUUGUUGGCGAAGGCGCUGAGGAGGUCCUGCAGACUAGAGAAAGAAGGAAAGAGGCGAAAGAGCGUGCGGAGAAGGAAGCGGAGGAGGCGGCAGCCGCGGCUGAAGCAGCGGCUAACCCCGUUAUUCACGGAAUACUCAAGAAACUUCGAAUGAGCUCCGCUCUUAACCUGGCAGCCGCCAAGGAGAAAGCAACAAACGGUGGAGUUCCAUCAUCAGCCACAGAGGGCGAUGAAGAUGAACCACAAAGUAAAGAUGAAGAGGUGGAUUCUGAGAGACAAGGUGUGGAGCUUGAUGAGGCAGAGCUUGAGUAUGAGGAUGAGGAUCUAGGGUAUGAAAGGGAGGAGCUAAUAUAUGAGGGGGAAGACUAUGAAGGGUACGGAGGGGCGGGAUUGGAGUAUGAAAGAGCGGAAAUGGACUAUGAAUAUGAAGGGGAGGAGCUGGAGGAAAAUGCGCAAGGGGGAGGAGCUUGAUAUUUGCACGCCUUCAAUGGAUUAUUACAGUUUACUGUUUAGCAAUCUGGACUGUUAGCGCAAAGGUUGCAGGUUCAACCCCAAGUUGAGAUGAACUGGAGAGUGGCACUUAAAAGAAUAGUUCACCCAGUUUUUUUGCACUAAAUUCAACACAAUGUGACAAGUUUUGCCUCUAAAUUUGGAUGCUAUGCAUUUGAACGACUGUUUAUUAGUAAUAUAACUUCUCAAAUACUCAUUAAGUCUGUAAGUUCUGAAAUGGCAUCACUCAAAUCCCACAAAUGAAAGAUGAAGUGUGUAAUUUCUACACCGCAAGCCACACCAAGUGAAAUUGCAAUCUGUUCGUUUGAGUGGGCCGACUGGGACAAUCUGUUUUUCCCAACGAUGGCAAACGAGGGAAAUGUUUGAAAAUCAUUUGAAACAGUAAAUAUUAUUGCAAUUUUUUGGGUGCCACUUGUGAGGUAGAAAUGAUAAAUUUCACCUUUAAAUUUUGAGUUUGCUACAAAAAUAUGCAGCAGUUUUUGCUUCACAGAAGCCAGUGUGGCUAUUAUUAGAAAGCACUUAUUGUUGGAUAGACCCGGCUGUGAUCCUCAAACACAGGGCUUUCUUCAGUAAUUGCGGGGUUUAACGAUUUAAGAAUUCUCAUUCUGAACAAUCAACUGUGAAGACCUGUGAAACUGCACAACUUUGAUGGAUCAAAACUUUGUUACUGUGUGCCGUGUACUUCUAUUUAAGAGCAGGGCUCUGACUUUUUUGUUUUUAAGCGUGUGUGUGUGUGUGUGUGUGUGUGUGUAACUCUACCCCUAAAUUGGGUGUACUGUUUAUCAGAAACUUGAUACUGCAAUUGCAUCCAUGUGUUUUGGUGAAACUAAAUAUUCUAUUAUUAAAUAAGCAAUGAGUUUGACAAACAUGUUUCAAUGAUUCAUGUCUUGUGAGAAGAUUUGAUACUGGCUUUGACAAAAGCUGAGCGAUAUAGCUAAAACAGUUACAUUUCAAUAUUUUCCAGCCUUUCGAGAAUAUUCAAUAUAAACUGUAACUUGAUAUUUAUGUAUUUGUAUUGAAAUGGUUUGAAGGGGGAUUUUGUUCAAUCCGAGGAACCAUCAUUUUAACCAGACAGUUAUUUUUGGUUAAAAUCAUGGUUCCUUGGAUUGAACAAAAUCACACUUUAAACCAUUUCAAUACAAAUACUGUACAUACACAGAGAGAUAUAAAUAUAUAUUUAAUAUGAAAUUAUUUAACUGUUAUGAACAACUAAAACCAUGUCCUCAUUUGUUCAUUCCUUCCUUCCAAUAUUAAAAUUCCAUUUAACUACUUUCUAAUUCCAGUGAAAUAUGCCAGCUCUCUUACACUAGUCAAGAAGUGUUUUCAUUGCCCUCUCCUUUUUCUUAUUCUUCCUUCAUCCAUCAUUGUGCUGUUUAAACUCUCUCUCCAUCUUCUGUCAGCUCUCAUCUCUCCCCGAAAGAGUCUCAAAUCCCAUCUGUUAAAAUAUUUACGUAACGUUACGAGCCUGUCAUUAAUGCUAGGAAGAAUCUGAAAUGAGCGAUUUGGCAAAACCUGUGACAGGAAGUGGAGAGAAGUGUGUCUCCGCCCCAAUGUCCAUGCCAGAGUCAACACAACCCAUUGAACGCAAACACACAUGCAAAUGUGCACGGCUCAGGUGUCUUUCAACUAGCCAAGUCUCAAUUUCCCAAAAUAUUCCUUUAUUCACAUCUGCAAACUCUUGAG